GUUUUAUUUUUAUUUGUUGAGUGAAGAAAGGUUUAGAGAAUAUACGUGAGGGUUUUGUUCUGCGCUGCUCUGCUCUGUUACGCGCUUGAAGAUGUUAAUGGAGAUGAUGAUGCACAACUUCAAAUGGAUACGAUGCUCCCUCUUUAAACAGGUACCUUCUCCUCAUUCUCCCCAUUCUUCCAAACAAUACUCUAAAACCUCAUCUCAACACACACACGAAAAGGAGAAACCCCCUUCUCACAUCAUGCACAAAUUUAAUGUCAAGCACUGUACUCAGUACAUUACUGCCCUCUGUAAAUCGGGAAACACGAACAAGGCCUGGGACCUUGUACAUUCGGCCAUUACUCAACGCUGUCCUCUCGAUGUCGUAUCCUUCACCGCGCUUUUUGGGUGGCCUUGGAAACUCUGGUGAUAUCCCUCGAAUCAACACCCUUCUUGCUGAAAUGAAAGAGAUGGAAAUACAUCCAGAUGUUGUCACUUAUACCACCCUCGUAAAGUCUUUGUGUAAACGGGAUCGAAUAGAGGAAGCACUUGGGAUUUUGCACGGAAUGAGGCUCGUUCAUUGUUUUCCUGAUAUUGUUACAUACAACACCCUAAUUGACGGGAUAUGUAAAAGAGGUAGAAUAGUUGAAGGUCUUAUUUUAUUUGCUGCGAUGAUACAAACUGGCAUUUCUCCUGAUAUUGUUUCAUGCAGUACCCUAAUUAAUGGUCUCUGCAAGGUGGGAAGGGAAGAUGAAGCUCUAAGGUUGUUAGCUGGAAUGAAAAAUAGUUACUGCUCCCCAAAUAUUGUUACAUACAACACCCUGAUUGAUGGUCUUUGCAAAGUAGAAAGAAUAGAUGAAGCUCUAGGAUUAGUAGGUAAAAUGUUACAAGACGGCCAUUUUCUUAACAACUAUACUUAUAAUAGUCUGAUAAAUGGCUUUUGCAAGGCUGGACAAACAGACAAAGCCUACAAUCUGUUUGUACAAAUGAUGGAGUUUGGUCCUUUGCCCAAUAUAGUGACAUUUAAUACAGUUAUUGAUGGAUUGCGCAAAGAUGGCAGGAUGGACAAGGCUUGGGAUUGUUUUCAUAACAUGACCAGAAGGGGUUUACAGCCGAACGUGAUUACUUAUAAUUCUUUGAUACGCAGCCUAUGUGAAUUGCAUGAGGUGGAAAAGGCUCAAAAGUUGUUUAAAAAUAUGCUAAGCAAAGGCUGCUCCCCAGAUGUUGUUACCUACAACAUUCUAAUUGGUGAUUUAUGUCAGAGUAACAGGGCAAAGGAAUCAUUUUCACUUAUUUCUGAGAUGGAAAAUAGGGGACAUCUUCCUGAUGUAAUUACAUAUAAUACUCUAAUAUGUGCAUUUUGUAGAACGAGAGAAAUGAACAUGGUAGGAAAGGUUUUAGAGGAGAUGGCGACAAGGGAUUUGAAGUUUGAUGAAGUGACAUACAACAAAGUCAUUGAUGGCCUGUGCAAGGCAGGAGAUUUUUCUAGAGCAUAUUCACUCUUUAAUAAGAUGCUAGAUGAAGGCUUUACUCCUGAUGUAGUGACUUAUACCUGUCUGAUUGACGGCCAUUGCAAAAUUGGUGAAAUGGAGAAGGCCUUUAAGUAUUUUUUAAACAUGAAAGUGAUUGGUGUUAUUCCAAAUGUUGUAACCUUUAAUACAUUGAUUGGUUUUUUCUGCAAGGAAAACAAACUUGACAUUGCUUUCUCAAUGCUGUAUGAGAUGAGAUCAAAGAAUUUAGUUCCAGAUGUUGUAACAUACAAUGCAUUAUUAUCCACCUUCCGUGAAAGACAUGACCUUGAAAAAACGUUUUGGGUGAUGGAUCAAAUGAAGAAAGAAGGUUGUGCUCCAGGUGAUUCAACUGUCCGGAUACUUGACUGGCUGGUUGAAGUUGGUCAAAUGCAAAAAUUGAAGGACUUUGUAAAUGAUGAUUCUUUUAUUAUUUCAAGGCAAGAUAGUUUUAAUGAAGAAAGAAGGUUGUGCUUCAGGUGAUUCAACUGUCGGGAUACUUGACUGGCUGGUUGAAGUUGGUCAAAUUCAAAAAAUUAAAGGACUUUGUAAAUGAUGAUUCUUUUAUUAUUUCUAGGGCAAAAUUAAAAGACUUUGUAAAUGAUGAUUCUUUUAUUAUUUUUAGGGCAAGAUAGUUCUCAUGUCUUGGUGAGUGCCAGCCAUUCAAAAUCACUCUUGGAUAUAUGUUUUCCCAGCUCUACAAAUUGAUAUUUUUGCAUUCAUUUUAAAUUAGUGUUAUUUAUGCA